GGUGAUAAGUUGGGACUGGGCAGUUACUGAUUGUUGGCUCGCCACCGAGAACUCUGCUGACCUCAGCUUUGGGGCACUUUCUGCCGUCCUCACUUGCUGCUGGGACUCGCGGACAUGGCACAGGCUGUGGGACGGAGAGUUCCACCUGGUGUCAGCAUGAAGAUUUGGGCCUUGGUCGCUGUUGUCCUGUGUUCCCUCAGACCAGCAUUCACUGAUGUCAAGAAUACCACAACAGUGAUUCAACCCAGUGAGAUCUCAAUUCUCCCCCCUGUCCAGAUCACAGCCCGGGGUCUGGAGGUCCAGCCAGGGGGAACCCAGGGGCCAGACACUGACCCGACGGGUGCCCACCCACCUGGUACCCACCAGCCAGAUGUCCACUCAUCCGGUGCCAACCCAUCAGCCGCAUUAGGUUCCAAAGAGACAUUGGCAGAACCCAUGAAGAUAGCGGCGGAGCCGCUCCUUCAGAGCGGAGGCGAGGAGCAGCCGGCGGAAGGAUGCGCGGGGGCCAGAUCCCUGGCCAUGGCGCAGCUCUUGGGGAAGGCCAUCAGUGACUUCGGCAUGGAGAUGUUCAAGAAGGUUUUGAAGGAAACCAAGAAGCCGAAUGUGAUCAUCUCCCCUCUGAGCAUCGUGCUGGGACUGGCUCAGCUCGCUCUGGGUUCUGCCAACAAGACGGAGAGGGAACUGGUGAAAGCUCUCCACUUCGACCCGCUCAACUGCUCACACCACACACUGCACACCGCCGUCAACACCUUCAACCAGAGAGUGCUCAGCAUCGCGUCCACCAUCUACGUCCGUGAGGGGUUCCACCUGAAGUCGGGCUUCCUGACGGAUUCGGAGAGGUUUUACAAGUCCCGCCCGCAGCCCCUGAGCGGAGUGGCCGCUGUCGACGCCAACAAGAUCAACGCUUGGGUGGAGCAGAUGACGGGCGGCAAAAUCAAAACCUUCCUGACUGAGGUUCCGGGAAACCUCGAACUGAUGUUGGUCAACGCCAUUAACUUUAAAGGGCUGUGGAAGGUUCAGUUCGACCCACUGGCGACGGGACCCGAGCCCUUCUUCCUGGAGGACGGGCAUAUGGAGCGAGUGCCCACCAUGAAGCACCCCAAGUAUCCCGUCAGCAGCAUGUACAGCGACGAGCUUCAGAGCGAGGUUAUCAGGAUGGCUUUCAAACACAACAUCAGCUUCAUUGUGGUGAAGCCCGUGAUGAACAGCGGGCUUAACACCAUCGUCAAGAACGUCAACAUCUCCGACAUCGUGGGACACUUCAAGCCGCGCCCGAUGUUGGUCAGGCUUCCCAAACUCAACAUCGACUUCAACACCGACCUGAAGGGGACUUUGCAGAAACUUGGUCUCGGCGACAUCUUCAGGAACCCAGACCUGAGCAGGAUCUCCGACAGGCCACUGGUGGUGUCUUCUGUCCAACACAAGGCCACCAUGGAGCUGAGGGAGGAGGGGGUGGAGGCUGCCGCCAGCACCGCUAUCGCCAUCAACCGCUCCCUCCUGCAGUGUAACAUCAACCGGCCUUUCUUCUUCCUCAUCCGCGAUGACAUCUCCGGCAUCCCGCUCUUCCUCGGCACCAUCAAGGACCCCCAACCCGAGAUGCAGAAGGAACCGGACUUGUACCUGGAGGGACAGUACCUGGACGUGAAGGAACUGCCCGUCCCCAAGUGAGAAGUGGGCUUGGCCGGACCGCGGCAGUCGGCUUGGACACCCCACCCCAGCGGCGCCUUCUGUCUUGUUUCACAAAUUAACGAACAGUAAUUCGCACUCUGUUCCCAUCUCCGCCCACUGCAGUCGUUCAGCUGCAGGACAGGGGGUUGAAGAUCACCGGGUGUCACAGCUGAACCAUCAGGGGAUUGAGCUGCGACCGGCCCAGGAACCAGGCGGACACCUCCCUCUGGUGGGACGGGCAGGGGCACAGAGCGCGACCACUGACCAAUCACGGGCGCUGACCAGCACCUACCGGAUCAGGCAGCGAGCAAAGCCGCCCCAAGCUGCACCUGCCCAAGGUCUCCCAAAGAGAAUCCUGUAGCUGCUGAGUCACCAAGUGAUCACCUGUACUUCCUGUGACACCGACCAAGAUUGCCUGUAUUUUCUGUUACUGAGCAAGACCGCCUGUACUUACUGCGAUGCUGAUCAAAGUUACCUGUAUUUCCAAUGUUAAUGAGUAAAGUUGCCUGUAUUUCA